GUCUCCUCCGCCCUGACCCUCGCGCUGCCCCACUGUGGUAGCGUCGGGACAGCUGCCCCAGACCCACCGAAACUGCGGACAAUGCCCGCAGGCGGAACAUCCUGCAGAGAGAAAAGAGUAAAGAGAUGGAGAGCAGCGCAGGCAGCAGUUCCGUGUUCACCAACAGCCGUGCAGACAGAGGGGUGGGACAACCCCUCCUCUCCCCGCCCCUGCUGCUCCCUCCCUCCCACUGCUGGAGGGGAUUCAACCUCUCUCAGGAGGUACUGUCUGCUCCUUUCACCCGUCAGACUGUCAGGAGAGCACAUGGCCUACGAUCAGCAGCCCACUCCACACUCUUCAGCCAGCCUCCCACUGCCCUGUCUCCACAGGUUUGGAGGGGCGCCCCCUCUUGGCAUGGCCAGAGACUUAUGUGUACCUCCACUACUCCAGAAGAGGUGACAGUGGUGUAUCAGAACGGGCUGCCAGUGAUCUCAGUCAGUUUGCCGUCCAGGCGAGAGCGCUGUCAGUUCACCCUCAAGCCUCUCAGUGACUGUGUGGGAGUUUUCCUGCAACAGCUCCAGGCGGAGGACAGAGGCAUCGACCGGGUAGCCAUCUACUCCACAGAUGGAGCGAGGGUUGCCUCCUCCACAGGUAUAGACAUCCUGCUGCUGGAUGACUUCAAGCUUGUCAUCAAUGACACCACACACCUCGUGCGGCCACCAAGGAGAGACCUGCUGCCUCAUGAGGAGGGGGAGAGGCUGAAUGAUGUCAAGUUUCUGGUGCAGCAGCUAUACACCACCCUGCGCAUCGAGGAGCACCAACUCGGCAAAGAACGUGAGCUAAUUGGACGACUGGAGGACCUCAACUCUCAACUCCGCCCCCUAGAGAAGGUGAGGGAGGAGUUGAGUAAGAAGGCAGAGCGGCGUACCACCUGGGUGCUGUGGGGCGGCAUGGCGUACAUGGCCACCCAGUUUGGCAUUCUGGCCAGACUGACCUGGUGGGAGUACUCCUGGGAUAUCAUGGAGCCCGUCACUUACUUCAUCACCUACGGCACUGCAAUGGCCAUGUAUGCCUACUUUGUACUCACACGCCAGGAGUACAUUUACCCCGACGCUAGAGACAGACAGUAUCUGCUGUUCUUCCACAAGGGGGUGAAAAGGACACGCUUCGACAUUGAGAAGUACAACAAGCUGAAGGAUGAUAUCGCUGAGGUGGAGUUGGAUCUGAAGCGUCUUCGGGACCCACUCCAGCUCCAGCUCCCAGUUCAGCAGUUCACCGCCGAUAAAAAUUGAUGGGAAGAAUGACUCUCUCCUCUCUCAGCUCCUACAAAGCCCCCCCCCCACCUCCCUCUUUCCCAUCCCCUAUAUCCCCUCCCUCCAUCCAACACCCCGCC